CUGGAAGGAACCUCAUGCUUGCACCAUGGAGAAAGUUUCAGCAUUGAAAGACCAGGGCAACAAGGCCUUGAGUGCAGGAAAUAUCGACGAGGCCGUGCGCUGCUACACCGAAGCCUUGGCUCUCGACCCGUCGAACCAUGUCCUGUUCAGUAACCGCUCAGCCGCCUAUGCCAAGAAAGGCAACUAUGAGAAUGCUCUCCAGGAUGCCUGUCAGACCAUCAAGAUCAAACCUGACUGGGGCAAGGGCUACUCCCGCAAAGCGGCAGCGUUAGAAUUUCUGGGCCGGCUGGAGGACGCCAGAACAACUUACCACGAGGGACUCCGACAAGAGCCGAACAAUCAGCAGCUAAAGGAGGGUUUACAGAACAUCGAGGCCCGGCUUGCAGAGAAAACAAUGAUGAACCCCUUCGCGAUGCCCAACUUGUAUCAGAAGCUGGAGAACGAUCCUCGGACUCGCGAGCUGCUGUCAGAUCCCAGCUACAGAGAACUGCUGGAGCAGCUCAGGAACAAACCGUCUGAGCUCGGCACGAAGCUGCAGGAUCCCAGAGUGAUGACUACACUCUCUGUGCUGCUGGGACUAAACCUCUCUGAGAUGGAGGAAGAAGAGGAGCCCACUCCUCCUCCUCCUCCCAAACCCAAAGAGACUCAGCCACCUCCUCCCAAAGAGGAAGAUCUGCCUGAAAACAAGAGAAAGGCCUUGAAGGAAAAAGAACUUGGGAACGCUGCGUAUAAGAAUAAGGACUUUGAAGCAGCGCUGAAACAUUAUGAAGAAGCGAUUAAGCACGACCCCACCAACAUGACUUAUAUAUCUAAUCAAGCAGCUGUGUAUUUCGAGAAGGGAGAGUUUGAGAAGUGCCGAGAGCUGUGUGAGAAGGCCAUCGAUGUUGGCAGAGAGAACCGGGAAGACUACAGACAAAUUGCAAAGGCCCUGGCUCGAAUUGGCAACUCGUACUUCAAGCAGGAAAAAUACAAAGAGGCGGUUCAGUAUUUCAACAAGAGCUUGACGGAGCACCGCACUCCCGAUGUCUUGAAGAAGUGUCAACAGGCAGAGAAGAUCCUGAAAGAACAGGAGAAACUAGCCUACAUCAACCCAGAGUUAGCCCUGGAAGAGAAGAACAAGGGCAAUGAUGCCUUCCAGAAAGGAGACUACCCCUUAGCCAUGAAACAUUACACCGAGGCCAUCAAGAGAAAUCCCAAUGAUGCCAAACUCUUCAGUAACAGAGCAGCCUGCUACACAAAGCUCUUGGAGUUCCAGCUCGCCCUGAAGGAUUGUGAGGAGUGCAUCAAACUUGAGCCAAGCUUCAUAAAAGGCUACACGCGCAAAGGAGCUGCUUUGGAGGCCAUGAAAGAUUAUUCUAAAGCUAUGGAUGUGUACCAGAAGGCUCUAGAGCUGGACUCUGCCUCAAAGGAAGCCACAGAAGGCCUGCAGCGCUGUAUGGUCAGUCAGGCCAUGAGGAACGACAGCCCCGAGGAGGUGAAGAAGCGGGCCAUGGCUGAUCCUGAGGUGCAGCAGAUCAUGAGCGACCCAGCCAUGCGCAUGAUCCUCGAGCAGAUGCAGAAGGACCCUCAAGCACUUAGCGACCACUUAAAGAAUCCAGUUAUUGCUCAGAAGAUACAGAAACUCAUUGAUGUUGGACUGAUAGCCAUUCGCUGAUGAGAGACAAGAGCCAACGCGUGGGAAGAAAACUCGGAGACAACAGUGGAACAACGUGCAGAUCCCUCCAAAAUAAUACAUGCUCUUUUCUUGCCUUCAGAUUCAAAAUUCUAUCGUUCUUAGUCUCACUGAGACUUUGUGUGUAUGUUAUGUUUUUGUUCUUCUUUUUUUUUUUUUUAAAUCAGUUUCACAACUUUUACAUUGUAUUUAAGAAAGCAUCUUAUGUAAUCUGGAAAUCUUCAGGACUCUGAAAUGAAAUAACAUGUAAAGAUGCUGAAAUACAUCUUAAAAUAAACAUCACAAUGCAGCGCACCGUUAGGCUCAGUGCUUAAAGGGGGAGAUCCACCCUGAAGCCGUUCUCGUAUUCCUGUCGGUUCGUGCUUUACGCAGAUUUAACAAGAACCAGGAGAAUUUCUAACGCUCAAAUUGUAGAUCACACGUUGUCAGCGUUUGUCAUCGUUCUGGACGUGUGCGUCUUUAAGGUUUUACUAAACAUGGUGCUUUAAAGUUACAAAUUCGUCUCCCUCAGUGCUUCCUCUUCUGGUGUUUUCUACGCCUUCAGGUGCAAAAGCUCAAUCUGUCCAAUCUACCUGUUGAGAAUCUUCUAUUUUUGUUUUUGUUUUGGAUGAUAAUCAGCUGCCGUCAUUCGCUGAACCUAACAGAAGGAGGUGUAUCAAUAAUUCACGUCUGAAUAGAUCGUUUUUUUGGCUGGCUCCAAAUUUUUCCUACGCCUCAAACUAGAGGGCUGCUGUACAAAAUACUGCCUGACAUCAAUGCUUUUAGGAUAAUGGGAAUAUUGUGAUAGGUGAAGGGUGGAUUUACCUUUCUUUGCUGGCAACUAUUGGUUGAGUCACUUAUUAUUUCAUGAUGCAUCUUUAAUGUUUUUUUCAGUUUGUCUUCGAGUGCCACCUGUCACCGGUUCCUAAUGUGUACACCACCCAGCAAAGUGAUUCUCAAGGUGGAAAUUGCCAGCCUUUCCUCAUUUUAACGGCCUAUAAAUUGUCAGCUUCACACAUACUGAUGGCAUUAGUCCUCCCACGAAGACAGACUGCUCAGCUUUGGUUCUCAGAAAGGAGAUGCAUAACAUUACUAUGGACCUUUUUUUUGUUGCCACACGUGGCUUCUGAUACCUCAAAGUCACCACGUUGUCACCGUAUUGUCGGUUUCCAAGAGGGACUCAGAUGUGUUAGGAAUGAAUUGUAAUGCCUUUUUUUUUUUUUGUUUCCACAUAUCCACAGUAGACUUACCUACCUGCAAUUCUCUAUUACCUGUGAUCACAGCACAACAGAAAUAGGGGUACGGGCAUUUUUACCAUCCAUUGUAAUCACAACCUACACGCAGACAAAUGUGAAGCUCACAUGUAAAAGAAACUGUCCCAAGAAGUGUCAUGUACUAAUGGAAAUCAGUUGUACUGUGAAAUAUACAGUAUCUGAAUGUAUAAUAA